AGAGAAUUGGGCGAGUCCGGGUAAAGCGGAGCAGCCGUGUAUGUGUCGUAUAUCAUGCAAAAUGAGGAACCAGCGUUGCAUGAAGAAGUUGUUUAUCCUGAUCUCUGAAUAUAUUUUAAAACAGAACUUCCUUCAAAAAUACUUUUUAGUUGUGUAGUCCUUUCAAUAGUUUCAUGUUCAGACUGAAUACGGUUGCUUAUACCAUCUCAAGGUAAUUGUAAUCUUAAUUUACUUGAGUUGAGUUUUUCUGUUGAAGCGUUAGAAAUAAAAGUUAACGGUAUUGAGCCGCAACUUGGACACAACCGGACAGAAUAGGCCUACCCAUCUUCAGCCGACAGCACAACAUCGUAUGCCAGGACUAAGUAUAAAACGAACAGAGGAAGAGGACAUUGAUUGAGCAGCCAGCCAGCAGACAGACAUCUUGAGGAGAGCAGAAGGGGACCUGCAGCCAGCCAGACAGCAGACAGACAUCUUGAGGAGAGCAGAAGGGGACCUGCAGCCAGCCAGACAGACAUCUUGAGGAGAGCAGAAGGGGACCUGCAGCCAAACAGCAGACAGACAGACAUCUUGAGGAGAGCAGAAGGGGACCUGCAACCAGACAGCAGACAGACAUCUUGAGGAGAGCAGAAGGGGACCUGCAGCCAGCCAGACAGACAUCUUGAGGAGAGCAGAAGGGGACCUGCAACCAGCCAGACAGCAGACAGACAUCUUGAGGAGAGCAGAAGGGGACCUGCAGCCAACCAGACAGACAUCUUGAGGAGAGCAGAAGGGGACCUGCAACCAGCCAGACAGCAGACAGACAUCUUGAGGAGAGCAGAAGGGGGACCUGCAGUCCUGCGUGGUGGAGAUUAGGUCCCAAGACUAGCAGCCCAGUAGACUUUCACCGUAAUUUAACCAGGAAAGACCCUUGAGGUUCUAAACUUUGUUGCAGAGAGCUAGUCAUGGGGAAACAGAACAGCAAACUGCGUCCCGAAGUGCUGAAUGACCUGCGCGAGAACACAGAGUUUUCUGACCACGAGCUUCAGGAAUGGUACAGAGGCUUCCUCAAAGACUGCCCCACGGGCCACCUGACCGUCGAAGAGUUCAAGAAGAUCUACGCCAACUUCUUCCCGUAUGGCGACGCUUCCAAGUUCGCCGAGCACGUAUUCCGGACAUUCGACACCAACGGCGACGCCACCAUUGACUUCCGGGAGUUCAUCAUUGCGCUGAGCGUUACAUCGCGCGGCGGCCUGGAGCAGAAGCUGCGCUGGGCCUUCAGUAUGUAUGACCUGGACGGGAACGGUUACAUCAGCCGGGCUGAGAUGCUGGAGAUUGUACAGGCGAUCUACAAGAUGGUGUCCUCAGUGAUGAAGAUGCCAGAAGAUGAGUCGACGCCAGAGAAACGGACAGAUAAAAUCUUCAGACAGAUGGACGUAGACAAAGACGGCAAACUCUCUCUGGAGGAGUUCAUCAAAGGUGCCAAGAGUGACCCUUCCAUCGUCCGGCUCCUGCAAUCUGACCAGGGGACCUCUCGCCAGUUCUGAAGACAAACACACACAUAGUUCUGAAGACAGAAAAGUGGAGAUCACUGUAUCAUCCCCCAUCCAACACACACACACACACAUAGUUCUGAAGACAGAAAAGUGGAGAUCACUGUAUCAUCCCCCAUCCAACACACACACACACACACAUAGUUCUGAAGACAGAAAAGUGGAGAUCACUGUAUCAUCCCCCAUCCAACACACACACACACAUAGUUCUGAAGACAGAAAAGUGGAGAUCACUGUAUCAUCCCCCAUCCAACACACACACACGAGAAAGAGGUGGAAGAGGCACAGUUGUCAUUACAACACCCAUAUCAGGCAGCCAUUUUAUAUUCUUUCAUUCCAUGUCUUGUUGUUUACAUCAGUAGUUCCCUAGCCUGAUCCCAGAUCUGUUUGUUCUCUCUAUUGCAUGGAGUUGGCUAGACAGAACAAACAGAUCUGGGACCAGGAUAGCAGUUUCCAAUAUCCCAAUGCAGCGGUUUCAUGCAUUCUACAGCGAUAUAUGUUUUGCAUCAUGAAACAAAUUUUACACCCACAGUACCACUGAAUAGACUCUUAUGACAUUUCCUUGCAAAUGUUUGACUUAAUGUUUUCUUUUUGCUUGCCGUACUUUAGUCAAGGUGAAGUGCCAUAUCUAAAUAUUUGUACUGAAUGUAUUAUUACACUAAGUAUUAUGACUUUUUCCCCUGAUGUGUCACGGUAAGAAGAAAUCAACCAAAACCAAUAUUUUGUACGUCAACCUGGAGCGGCAGGUAGCCUAACAAUUAAGAGCGUUGGGGACAGUAACUGAAGGGUUGCUGGUUUGAAUCACCGAGCUGACUAGGUAAAAAAAAAAAAAAUCUGUAGAUGUGCCCUUGAGCAAGACACUUAUCCCGAAUUAUCUGCUAAAUUAUUAACACGUAAAAACCAUGGGUCGUCUCAUUGCGACCUUUGCUCUAAAUGUAAUAUUAGUUAGGCACAUUCCAAAAUGUUUUUCACUAUAUACCGUUUCUGCAGCACAGGAAUUUUGAAAAUGAAUGUUUUAAUACCCAGCUGUACAGAAAGUUCCAGUGAUGUUGUAUUAAAACCAGUAUCUUGUAAUGUUUUGCAGUCACUGGUUUGUUUAGCUCCACAGGGCCUGCCAACAGAGUGGAUUAUCCCAGGUCCCAAUAAGCACACUUUGAGGACCCUGACCCCAAAAAUGUGUUGUUUUUAGCCUGCUGCUCCAGAAGCACAUCAGAAAUAAAAAAACAAAUGUAA